AUGUCGUAUAACCACCACCAGCCCCAGCUGUCGAUAAAUUCCGUGCAAUCCCUGGUGGAACCAGUUACACCGCCACCUUUGGGACAGAUGAACAACAAGAAAAACCAUCAAAAGACUCAGUCGCUGGAUUUGUCAGGGUUCAACCAAUUCAUUAACGCACAGUCGCCACUGGUACCAAUAGACCCCACUACUUCUGUUUUACAACUAGGCAUUGCGCCCACGGCUUCCAGCUAUAGCAGCAACUUGCCGCUGAUUGAUGAAUUUGCUAGUUCUGGGAACGAUGGAGCCAGGGCGCCUACUCUUGCUUCUGCCUCUGCCUCUGCUUCUGCCCCUACCUCGAAGAAAUCUAAAGCCACUGAAAAGAAGGCGAGGGCUGGUUUUGUUACGGAUGCAAAGGAGGGCGUCCCGUCAAUGAAUGAAAUUAUGUCCACACCUUUGAAAGACUUGGAUUACGCGAAAUUGGCUACGGACCAGUUUGGUUGUCGAUUUCUACAGAAAAAAUUGGAGUCCAGUUCCAUCGAGGAGUCGAAUCUGGUAAGAGAUCUUAUGUUUGAGCAAGUCAAGCCAUUCCUCCUGAACCUGAUUCUCGACCCGUUCGGUAACUACUUAAUCCAGAAAUCCUGUGAUUUCCUUACCGUCGACCAGAGAACCGUUUUGAUCGAAUCGAUAUACCAACACGUUUUCAAGAUUUCAAUCAACCAGUACGGUACUCGUUCUUUGCAAAAAAUAAUAGACACCGUGGACAACGACCAACAGAUAAAUCUGAUUGUGAAGGGGUUCUCCCCGGAAUUCACACCUAUCGAGCAAGUCGUCACAUUGAUCAACGAUUUGAACGGCAACCACGUGAUUCAGAAAUGUAUCUUCAAGUUCCCCUCGUCCAAAUUUGAUUUCAUCAUCAACGCCAUAAUCAAAAACAACAACAUUAUCACAAUCUCUACACAUAAACAUGGUUGUUGUGUGCUUCAGAAAUUACUGAGUGUAUGCACUCUACAACAGAUUUUUAGCAUAUCGGUGAAAAUCAUAGAAUUCCUACCGGGUCUUAUUAACGAUCAGUUCGGGAAUUACAUCAUUCAAUUUUUGUUUGAUAUCAAAGAACUUGACUUCUUUCUGUUGAACGAGGUUUUCAACAAACUAGCCAACGAACUGUGCCAACUAUCUUGUUUGAAGUUCUCAUCAAACGUUGUUGAAAAAUUCAUCAAGAAACUGUUCGGCAUUAUCACCGGGUUCAUGCAAGGCGAGUAUAUCCCCAACGUUAAUGAUGAUAUAGUCAACAACACGAUGAACAUAUUACUGGCUAUCAUUGACAUUUUUACAACAAAUCUCAACGUUUUGAUAAGGGACAAUUUCGGAAAUUACGCCUUGCAAACUCUACUGGACGUCAAGAACUAUAAUAUGAUGUUAGAUUACCCAGACAACAACAGCGCUAGUUUUGCUCUUGCAAAACAUUCUGCUUUUUGUCACGAUUUUACAGUCAAAAUCACUGCUUUGGUCGCGGCCACUAAAGAAUUACUUCCAAGCAUCAAGACAACAUCGUACGCAAAAAAGAUCAAGUUAAAGGUCAAAGCUUAUUCCGAAUUGGCCGGUGUGAAUGUGUCCGACAUGCAGACAACCAAGCCACCUGCCCCCAACAACGUCGAGGCCAAGGCUACCAAUCAGCGGAAUAAUCCCAAAUCCCACCAGCGUCACUUCUCUUUGCCAGCAAACGCCUAUCACAAGAGAAAUGGCUCUGUUAACAAGCACCAGCUAACAAACGUGUAUCAAGACGUUAACCAACAUUCACAGACAUCUAUGCACCAGACUAAUCCAUCUUCUACGCGCGGAUCAAUGACCAAUAUCUUCAGCUUUCAAAACGGCUCUCCAUUGAAUUUCCAACAGCAGCAACAGCAGCAAGCCUUUACUUUGAGCUCUCCCGCAAACGGUGGAGUUCCAAACCAUUACCCACCUCAACAACCCAAUGUUGACAUCAAUCUGUCGGUACCAAUGUCUAAUCUGUCGCUGUCGGGUGCUAUGCCGUCCCAACCAUCUUCGCAGCCUUCGAUGUUCUUUUUAAACGAUACUAGCCACAUUGGUCAUAGCAGCAGUUCAAGUACUUUGUACCAGACAACCCCGAUGAUGCCAUCCACUUCGAGUGGAAGUAUUAUCAACGACGUCAACAGAUCUCCUAACUUAAACGGAAUGUAUUCAAAUAUGGCGUUUCUUUCUCCGAACCCAAACAUUAACGCUCAAGGUACAGACAUGAAUCUUUUCAUGACUACUCCGCCUCAGCGUCAAAGAAUUGUGAGCAACCCGUAUAUACAGCCAGCUCCUUUCAACAACGACAACACUGCUGGUAGUGGGAUCGGUGCGUCAAUGAUGUUUUUGGGAGAUGACGAAUUUAAAAAUUUUAAUUUCCGUUAG